UGUUAGCAACUUUAGCUGGUGCAGUUAUGGAGGGUGGAGAUUUGGAGUUUUUAGUUAUAAUAAAUAGUUUUACUAAACUGCCACUACAGCAGCAAUUUAAGAUUAAAUCUGACGGAAGACCAAUGCCAAAACUGGAGCUGGCCUGGAGAAGGAAAAAGGGGUUUCGGACGUUCAAUGAGGAAAACUAUAUCCAUACAGAGUGGCUAGCUGGUAGCUCCAAACUUCACUUGACUCUGUUGUUGCGAAGAACGUAAAAGCCAGUGGGAAAUUCUAUAACUUGGCUAUUGACCACUUCGCCACCAUAAAAGACAGGAGAAUGGCCUUCCUUUUCAAAUAGGGGAGCAUACUGAUUAAUUGAUGAACGUUGUCUCCAACCUGUAUCUGAAGAGUCCCCGGUGUGACCAGAGAGGGCAGGAGAGUUCAGCUAAUCUCUCCCCGCUGCUCUGACUCCUUUGCUGGGCUCCAGCUUCUUCUCCACCCCGCUCCCCUGCACUCCAGCUCCGGGCUUUACCUCCAGCCUCUUUAGAUCAAUUGCUCCAUAGUUUGCCUAUGCCCCUCUACCUACACACACUCUCUCUCUCUCUCUCUCUCUCUCCAGCUGUAUAGCCCUACAGAGAAAAGAGAGCGAGAGUGAGUUCGACUCUCUCCCUCCACACUCCUCCUCCUCUUCCGACCCUCUCCAUCCGUCCUCCCCGGCAGACGGAUCAGACCUCCGGCAAGGCAGCGUGGAUUUUAAUCCUCCUUGCAUCUGUGUGAAUGGGAAUCAGCUGCACCGGGCAGGAGUGAUGGAGACUCUGCCUUCAUAGUUACUGGAACUUGUUUCUUAUCUUAAAAAGAAGGGAACUAACUGCGCUUGUGUCUGUUUUGGAUUUUUGUUUUCUUUUUGGGAUCCAAGCCCGAUCGGGGAGGGUUAUUUUGGGGAGAGGAGAGGUUGUUUUACCCCUCUCUCUCCUCCUCCUCCUCCUCUUCAUCCCCCUUGACUCACCAUCCUGAGUUGUUUUUUUUUUCUUAUUUUGAUUUUUAAUUGACAGUUGGAUUCUGUGGAGGAUUUAAAAAAAAAAAAAAAAUCAAUCAUCAGCAGGAUUUGCGGGCGCUUGUUCCUGUGGUUCCUCUGGCUCAUCGGGACACGAGCAGGGCAGCAUGGAGCUGGUUCUGGUUGGAUGUAUUGGUGACGUUUGGGAGGUGCUGGUGCUGAGGAGGAGGAGGACAGGAGGGCUCUACCUGCUGCUGCUCUGCUGGCUGCUGGCUGCGCACACCACAGCGCACGCCUCAGAUGCCUCCUCAUCUUCCUCCUCAUAUAGUCUCGGAGGCUUCGUGGACUUCACUUUCACCCAGGAGCCUCAGGACACGGUGACGGUGCGAGGGGGCGUGCUGCAGCUCGACUGCCAGGCAGAGUCUGAUGCGGUGGCGGGGCCUCCCACCAUCACUUGGCGUAAGGACGGCGUGCUGCUCAGUGCAGUGGUGGACGAGCGGCGGCGGCAGCUGGCUAACGGCUCUCUGCUGGUGCAGAAUGUUGUGCACUCACGGCAUCACCGGCCUGACGAGGGCGAAUACCAGUGCCUCGCCACGCUGGACGGACUGGGCAGCAUCGUUAGCCAGAGCGCCAGGGUCACUGUGGCUGGUCCUCUGAAGGUGGUUGUCCCCACCGAGUCUGUCUCCUCGUACCUCGGCGACACCGCCCUGCUGCGUUGUGAGGUCUCGGGUGACCCGACGCCCGUCAUUCGCUGGCAGAAGAACCGAGAAGACCUACCACUGACCUUUGACCUCGACUCCCGUUUAGCGGUGCUGCCUUCCGGCUCUCUGCAGGUCAGCCGCGUCCAGCCGCCAGACUCGGCCACGUACCGCUGUCUGGCCGACAACCCCAGCAGCACCAGGACUGGGACGGAUGCCGAGCUACGAGUGCUCCCAGAGCCUGGGGUGAGCAGGAACCUCCAGUUCCUCCAGCGUCCAUCCAGAGUAACGGCUCUGCUGGGAACCGAUGCCGUGCUGGAAUGUUCUGCCUCCGGAUACCCAACUCCGAGCAUCCAAUGGAGGAGAGGAGAGGAACUGAUCCAGAGCUGGAAUAAGAAGUACUCUCUGUUGGCGGGCAGUAAUCUGAUCAUCAGGAGUGUCACUGAUGACGACUCUGGCAGUUACAGCUGUACAGCCACCAACAAGAACCACAACAUCACUGCACACGCAGGGCUGAGUGUACUGGUGCCUCCUCAGUUCCUGAACUACCCGACCAACACAUAUGCCUACGAGUCCACCGACAUCGAGCUGGAGUGUGCUGUGACAGGAAGCCCACUGCCGACUGUCCGCUGGAUGAAAAACGGAGAGGAAGUCAUCCCCAGUGAUUACUUCCAGAUAGUGGACGGCAGUAACCUGCAGAUUUUGGGAUUGGUGAAAUCAGAUGAAGGAUUUUAUCAGUGUGUAGCUGAAAAUUCAGCCGGCAGCUCGCAGGCGAUGGCUCAGCUGCUGCUUCGAGAACCAGUGUCCCCCAGCCCAGGCGUUGCCCUCCCCUCUGCCCCCCGCGACCUGGUCCCUGUCCUAGUGUCCAGCCGAUUUGUCCGACUCAGCUGGCGUCCCCCAGAGGAGACCAGAGGAGCUGUGCAGACCUAUGGCAUUUAUUACUCCCAGGAUGGAGUCGAGAGGGAGCGAUCAGUGAACGUGUCGGAGCCAGAGUCUUUGGAGCUGACAGUCUCCAACCUGAAACCAGAGGAGAGCUACAGCUUCAGGGUCAUUGCUUACAAUGACGUGGGGCCAGGAGAGAGCUCCGCCCCCCUGAGGAUCACCACCAAACCUGACAUCCAGGUUCCCAGCAGAGUGGAGUCUCUCCAGGCUGAGGCUCUGUCUCCCACCUCAGUCCAGGUGAGCUGGGAGCCUCCCAGCCAACCAAACGGCCCGGUGCUGGGCUACAGACUGCUGUGGACCGAGAGCCCGUCUGGCAAGGAACAGAGUGUGGAGGUGAACGGACUCAACUACAAGAUGGACGGCCUCAAUAAAUUCACAGAGUACACAGUUCGAGUUUUGGCGAUUAACCGCUACGGACCAGGCGCCGCCUCAGAGACAGUCAGCGUCACCACCCAAUCAGACGUACCCAGCGCUCCUCCUCAGAACAUCACCUUAGAGGUUGUCCUGUCCAGGAGCAUCAAGGUGUCAUGGCAGCCGCCUCAGCGCAGCGCCCAGAACGGCGUCAUCACUGCCUACAAGAUCAAAUACAGGAAAACCGGUCGCCGUGGAGACCAAGAGGCCAUCGAACCCAACAAUUUCUGGUACCUGUUCACAGGUCUAGAGAAGGGCAGCCAGUACAGUUUCCAGGUAGCAGCCAUGACAGCCAAUGGAACAGGUCCGGCCAGUGACUGGUACACCACUGAGACGCCGGAGAACGACCUGGAUGAGAGUCAGGUUCCCGACCAACCCAGCUCCCUGCACGUCAGGCCGCUUCCCAACAGCAUCAUCAUGUCCUGGACUCCUCCCCUCAGCCCAAACAUCUUAGUUCGAGGUUAUAUCAUUGGCUACGGAGUGGGAAGUCCCUACGCCGAGACGGUCCGAGUGGACAGCAAGCAGAGAUACUACUCCAUCGAAAACCUAGAGCCGAGCUCGCAUUAUGUGAUUUCCCUGAAGGCAUUCAAUAAUGCCGGAGAGGGAGUUCCUCUGUAUGAGAGCGCCGUCACUCGAUCGCUGACAGACCCCAUUGACCCAUCUGAGGAUGACCUCUUCCAUCUCUUUGAUAAAUACCCCACUCCCAUGCCAGACACCAGCACUCCCAUGAUCCCUCCAGUGGGGGUCCAAGCCGUGGCUCUGUCUUCAGACUCGGUCCGAGUCUCCUGGGCUGACAACUCCAUGACCAAGAACCAGAAGGCGUCUGAGGUCCGGUACUACUCCAUCAAGUGGAAGACCAGCUACUCCACUAGUGGAAAGUACAAGUCUGCAGACACCACAGCGCUCAGCCACACUGUCACCAGCCUCAAACCAAACACUAUGUACGAGUUUGCUGUCAUGGUAACCAAAGGCCGCAAGUCCAGCACCUGGAGUAUGACAGCACACGCCACAACGUACGAAGCAGCUCCCAGCUCCGCCCCUAAAGAUUUGACAGUGAUCAGUCGCGAGGGACGACCCCGCGCCAUUUUAAUAAGCUGGCAACCACCGAUGGAGGCUAACGGGCGAAUCACAGGUUACAUCCUAUACUACACUCUGGAUAAGAACAUGCCGAUAGAUGAUUGGGUGAUGGAGGCGAUCAGCGGGGAUCGGCUAACCCAUCAGGUUGUGGAUUUGAACCUCGACACCGUUUAUUACUUCAGGAUUCAGGCCAAGAAUGCCAAAGGAGUUGGCCCACUAUCUGAGCCCAUCCACUUCAGAACCGCCAAAGUGGAACAUCCAGACAAGAUGGCCAAUGAUCAAGGCCGAGGGGGAGACCACGCCUACUGGCCAUCUGAUACCAACCUGAUUGACAGGAGCAGCAUCAACGAGUCUCCCAUUGGUCAGAUGCGUCCACCUCAUGGCAGCGCCACGCCUCAAAAGAACAGUAACCUCCUGGUCAUCAUCGUAGUUUCCGUGGGAGCUGUCACCGUAGUUGUUGUUGUCAUCGUGGCGCUCAUCUGCACCCGACGCUCCUCCGCCCAGCAGAGGAAGAAGAGAGCGAGCCAUAGUGCCAGCAAGAGGAAGGGCAGCCAGAAGGACCUGCGACCUCCUGACCUCUGGAUCCAUCACGAGGAGAUGGAGAUGAAGAACAUGGAGAAAGCCCCCAGCGUCGCCCCGUCCGGACAUGAUUCGCCCAUCCAGUCCUGCCAGGACCUCCCACAGAUCGCACACAGCCAAUCAGAGAGCCAGAUGGGCAGCAAGAGCAGCCACUCAGGAGCUGAUGGUGAUGAUGUAUCCAGCAGCAUCUCCACUCUGGAGCGCUCCCUGGCUGCCAGGAGGGGGACGCGAGGCAAAAUGAUGAUUCCUAUGGACUCACAGCCGAGCAACACACCGGUGGUCAGUGCCAUCCCGGUGCCAGCUCUGGACUCCUCUCAGUAUCCUGGUAUCCUGCCUUCCCCUUCCUGCGGCUUCACUCACAACAAGUUCAGCCUGAGACCGAUGCCUUUCCCCAGCCUGACCGUGGACAGAGGAUACACACCAGCGAUGCCUUCAGACUCCUCCACCAAUCCCCUCCUCCAGCAGCAGCCUGCUGCCCAGCAGCCCCCUCCCCUCCUCCCCGGCUCCUCCGCCCCGCCCGGGGAGCAUGUUCCCGGGGUUGGCCCAGUCCCAGGGGCCCCUGUUCCUGUUGCCGCAGCUGCAGCUGAGGAAGCCCAGGCUGCGAGCGGUCGGACCAUCCCAACAGCCUGCGUGCGGCCCACCCAUCCUCUACGAAGCUUCACCAACCCGCUGCUGCCGCCGCCCAUGGGGACCAUCGACCCCAAGGUGUACACCUCCAUGAUGCCCCAGUCCAGUGCAAGCCUUCCGAAACCCCAGGUGAAGACUGCCUCUCUGGGUCAGGCCGGUAAGGCUCGCUCCCCUCUGCUGCCAGUCUCAGUCCCUACAGCGCCAGACUUACCGGAGGAGGGAGGAACAAAACCUGCCGAGGAUUCAGCUGCUAACGUUUACGAGCAGGACGACCUUUCUGAGCAGAUGGCCAGUCUAGAAGGGCUGAUGAAGCAGCUCAACGCCAUUACUGGCUCCGCCUUCUAACCUCUGACCCCAACCCAGCCCAGCCCUCAGCCAUGGUCCAGUCUGGAAACCUUCUUUAAGCCUUGAUAUCACCUGCUGUCCAUUCACUAAGGGCGGCAACAGGUCAAUCUGGGUUUGAAGAUGCCUCUGUGCAGACAUCCACCUGUGCUGGGUUGAGUUUGUUUGGUUUCUACUGGUCUCGGUCAGUGUCUACUGUUUGGGACCAGGACUGGAUCGAAGGAAAUUAAACAAAGGAUAAACACUACAGCAGCACAGCAUCAGCUCCAAGAACAGGACAAGGGUGGAGGGGCUUCAAACUGAAACCCCUGCAGACUCUCCAACCUCAAACACAAAACUAGAAAAACACAAUGCCUAGCGCCUUGACUUAAUGAUACAGGAUGAUGGGAUUAUCACAAAAAAGAAGACAAAGUUAUAAGAUCCCUCCUGUUUCUCUUCUUUGUGGUAUUUAUUAGCGUCCUCCUCCGCUGAGUUAUCCGCAACUCAGUUACUGUGACUGUACCUCACUUAUUUUUCAUGAUCGCUGUUGGAAGUAUCGCGUUUAUAUUUUGGUUUUUGUUUGGGUAUUCCAACUUUGUCAGUCACAGGAUGUGUAUAUGAUUUGAAAAUACAUCCAGUACCUAGAGUAAGAAAUAGAUAACACAUCCUCAGCCACCAAAGUAUUGUUUUUUUUUUUGACACAUGGAUCCUGGAUAUCUCUCUUUCUUCUCUUCUUUCUCCCUCUGGAACAAAACCGUCUGGUUUCACUGAACCGACCAUCAGACGUGACCCAUGCAGCCCUUCCACCUCUGGACCCUGAGGUUCAUUAAAAAAUAAAGGGAUUACAAAGUAGAUUUUGGCUGAAUAGAAACAUGUGUGAGAACCUACUAUACCAGUCUGAAUCAUCUGGAUCUGGAUCUGGCUGACUCUACUCUUACAGGACUGUAUAGAAACCUCUAUAGACUCCCACAGUCUGUUGCUGCUCUUUACCAAGCCUUUACUCUCUCUGACCCAGACAAACUCCAAUCUUUAGCUACAAGGACUCAUGUUGUUGCCAAAUUCUCAUCUUGGAAAGCUUAUUGUAACCUUUUUUUGUUUUUGCUCCUUGUUCAAGUCUGUCUCAGUCCCAAACAAGGACUGGAAGUCAUUGGAAAGCAGUAAGAUGACGGAACAAAUCUGACAAGAAAUCUGGUUUUAGAGUGGUAGGACCUAUCCCAUCCUGGACAAAUGAAGGUUGGCUUUGAAUGGUACAUGAUCAUUGGUGUUUUUUAGUAACGUGUUAAAAUUCGAUCUUAACACCUUGUUCACAGUGCGUCAGGUUGUACUGUGUAGAUGUCACCUUCAGUGCAUCGCGUUUUCCCCUGCUGGUUGGCACCUAUUCAUGUGUUCACAAAAGAGGCACAAAAAGGCACAGUCACCAAAGCAAGGUUACAGUAAAUUAAUUAGAAACACUGGCAAAACACAAUUUAGCAUCUUGGGAAAGAGGUAACAAUGCCAUAAUCACAAGACAGCGGUUUAUUAAAUUAUUACUUAAUAAAUGAUUAAACUCUUAUCUCUGGACCAAGGUUAUCUUCAAGGACUCUAUCUUGUUUAUUUCAAGAUAACAAACUGUUUAAGUUUGUUAUCUUGAAAUAACAAGAUCAUGAAAUCGGGAGCUCAAUAAUAAUCCGUCUAACACACAUUGUAUGUAACUAGCAACAAAGGCUUUAAUCUAUUUACAUAAAAUAGAACAACAACAAAAUAUCAAAAAGUCAGAAUGAAUGGAAAUUUGGUGUUACUGUGGUGGAAGAGUAGAUUGUGAAGUAGGUGUUACGGCAACAAGAUCGAGGAUCAAGUUAAUAUUUUUUAUUGAGAUUAGAGAUGGUAGUGGGCCAGCCGAUGAUGUUGAUGAGAAUGAGAAUAAUCACUUCCAUUGUUUUGUUGCACUUUGUGCAGUCUCAGUAUGUGUUUGACUGAAGGUGAGUGUGUUGCUUUUAAAAAAUCCAUAUACUGUUUGGGACACACAUGUACCUCUGUCGACCUUGAUUGCCCACAUGGGAAAAUUGCAAAACCGCCAGCUUCACUUUAAGUUUGCUUCAGGGUGUUUUUAUACAAAAAUAAUACAAAGAAGUAACAGAAACAGAAAUAUGCAUAUUCCACAAAGUAUAUUUUUACAUUCGCUGUCCUGUCAGAACUGUUUAAUCAGGUUUCUUUUUACACAUUUCCAGAGAGCUACUUUAAAGGUCAUGAGCCCCCUUGAAAAUUGAUAAUCUACCGCCUUUGAAUGCGUCACAAAUUGUAAUAAAAAUUCAUUUAUCAACUGGUAUUUACUUACUUUAAAAAUGUGGAAUGAGGAAACAAUUUGCAGUGAGGGAGCAAAACCUGCAGUGUUGUGGUUUCAGGAUGACCUCUGUAACAUGAGGUCAGUCAGGACCACAGUGCAGAGACCAGUUCUACUACAUUUGUAUUGACGGCAGGGGGGGAAAAAUCUGAUUUGGAGAAUUAGUGUGAGAAUUAAUGGGUUGUUAAGGAUGAUGGGGUUCUUUUUGUUAGUCUUUGUGGAGGCAUUUGCUGAGAGAAAAUAAAUUUGUGAAACCCCAGUAAAGCAGAGUGAGCAAGGUAUGCACUGUAAAAAAAGAAAAAAAAGAAAAAAAAAAGAAGUCCUAAGAAGUUAAUCUGUUCCUGAGUAAUAAAAUUGUAAUUUUUAGACAAUUUAAGUGUUCUGCCAGUUGGGUGAGGAACUCUUUUUUUCUUCUACUGCAGCAAUCCAUUUUUCAAAACACCAACCCUCAUUUUUACAAAUUUCCUCAAUCAAGAGAGAUGGGAAUAAGUUGAAUUACCUCCCCCGUUUAAAGCAAAAAAUCAGAUUUGGAGUCAGAAUACGCCAGUGUGCAGAAUGGCAGGAACUUAAAAUGAUAAAUGAUUCAUUAAUCAGCUGAGGGGGAAAAACAGGUCAUCAGUAUGCUCCAUAUUUGACUGUGUCACCCCAGUCACCAUAUUGUAAUUUUCAGACCUUUAUCUUUCUGCGAUGAAAGGAAAAAGCCUGAGGGAGACAGAGAGCGGAGGCAGAGGAGGUGAAUUGAUAUUCAGAGGUGGUUUGUAUGUGCGAGCUAGGGCACGGAGGAAUGAGGCCGGGAAUUCAUUAUAACGCCGUUUCAAAUAUUAUGAUUCAAGCUCACGCUCACUGGGCCGUUACAGAUGUGAGGAAAAGUCCUGGGGACGGAGGGGAUGGAAAGGUAACGUCUCUGUAGAAUGAGUUGGGGGAUGAAAGGUGAAGGAACGCAUGCAAGCAGGCGGCGUGGGGAUCAAACUCAUCACUGUGUUCGGGCAGAUACACCCAGUCUGAGCCGAGUGCUUUCAUUCUUGUCCAAGUAGCACUUCUUCUCCUCCUUCAGCAAGCACAGCAGAGCUGCAGACAGACAGGAUCCAACGCCGUAGGGCAAGUCUGAAAUUUGAUUUAUAGAAAGAAAAUCUGAUUUGAGCAGUAAAUACUAAAUUAAAUAGCCUGUUGACACAAGAUUUCAUCUUUUCAGUUUCAAAAGGGAAGAAAGAUGAAAGCAGAGGAAAUUGUCAGGGUAAAUGGUCAUACUGGUGGUUUUACACAUUUUAGCUUAUUGAUUAUAAACUAUAUUUUUAAAAGACUUCUACUGAUCAGUUUCUAAAUCAUCCAUCAGUUCUUAGACUGAUUCCUUCCCUCAGUUAUAGACAUCAAACUUCCAGACCUUUGAAUCCGCGCCCACAUUUCAGAUUCAAAUAGGUUUCGUUCUGUGCUCAGUGGAGCAAAUCAUAACCUUACAGAUGGGAUCAAGAAUAGUGACCUCAUCAGAGCCAGAAAAAUAGCAACGUAAAAAACGUCACUAUACAGGUUAUUGUAAGUGGACUUACAGAAGACAACAACUCUUAAAUCGACAAUUCUUCCCGGCACAAAAAGAUAACUGCUCCAAGGAACCGUUACAGGGAUGGGACACUGCUGACUGGUUAGGCCAAACAACAUAGAAAAUGGCCAACUAUUUUAAACUAAAUACUGAAAUGGAAUUGAAAUGACAAUUGUGGCUCAAUGUCAGGCUAGUUGACACUCCCUGCAGAUAUAUAAUCCUACACUGUCAACAUUUAGGGAACUUCAUUUUAAUCAACGUUAUGGGAUCAUGUUCUGCAACUGACAGCAGGAAAGCUUUCCCUGUUGGUGACUCAGAGAUUCGCCUGCUUCUGUGCAGGAAAUGGCCAAACAUCCUUAUCAUCAUGGCAUCCAUGUUUGCUUCUUUUAAGCUUUAAGAGCAAAGAGGAAAGUGUAACCCUAGACAUGGUCUGAAGCAAAUGGCUAAAAAAGGAAAUGACUGUGAAACCUGAUGGAGGAUUUAGAAAAGAUCAGCAGUAGGGAAAGUUCUAGUCUUAUAUUUAGUGAGUUAAAACAUAGAAUGGCACCAGUUUGGUUCAGUGUACAACGGACAUUUGACGACCUCUAUAUUGACAAAUCAGUCAGUCUGUGUAAUUAUUAUUAUUAGCAUGUCUGUGUCAACACAUUUUAAAGCAAUUCUUUAAGGUGAUUAAAUCAGUUAUUGGGUGCCAUUUCCCUGCAGCUGUCAAAACUUACUUUGAACGAUUGUGGUCAUCUUAAUUCCACAUAAUUUGAGGAUGUCUGAUUAAAAUACAAAAGUUAUUUCUGUUCUGGGUUGUCAUAAACACCUACCACUCUAACAGUCUCUGGACACCACACUGUGUUAAACAUUUUAUUUACUAUGAUUCAUCUGCCCUUGUUGUUGUUGCCGUCGACAUAAAAAAGAUAUCCUACGUGC